AUGGCAAAACAGAAAAGGCCACUUUUUCUAUUGCUGUGCAUUUCACACUCUUUUGUUGGUUGUUUGUUCCAAAGUAGCAACAUUCCUACGUUUCUCUCCGAUGAUGAUGAUUUAGCCACUGUGGAUAGGUUCCCUUGGAUGGUGUCCCUGCAGGAUUCACAGUAUACCCAUUUGGCUUUCGGAUGCAUCCUAAGUGAGUUCUGGAUCUUAAGCAUCGCUUCCCGCUUUCAGAACAGGAAGAAGGUUCUGGCACUGGUCGGCAUAACCGACAUGAACGCCCGGAGGAGGACCCAGCCCGAGUACCCCAUCGAUGCGGUCCUGAGCCACGAGAGCUUCAACUACAUCACCAAGGAGAACAACGUGGCCCUCCUGAAGACGUACACAGCCAUUGAGUUCAGUGACCAAGUCCAACCCAUCUGCUUUGCUAGCAGGAACCUGGCCCCAAGCAUCCUGGAGAACUGCUGGUUGUCAGGAUGGAUCCACACUGCUGCAACCAGAAAGAGAAUGGAGAUGGGCGUCCUGAGGAAGCUCCCUGUGCAGGAAGUGUGGCCCUGCUCCUUAAAGAGAUCCCAAGGAACUGCCUGCUUUAACUUUAAGGAAGAGUACAACAACUAUGAAUGCUUGGGAGACCCGGGAGACCCCGUGAUGUGCCAAGUGAAGAAGACCAACCAGUGGAUCCUGAACGGCAUCCAGAACGAAGGCGGCCGGAGCUGCGUCGGGCCCUUCCUUUACACCAAGCUCUCCUACUACAACAACUGGAUUUCCAAAACGAUCAAGAAAGAAGGGCUCGAUUUCUGCCCCAUCUUCAGCUGGCGGGAGCGCCAGAACAGCCGCGCCACGGACGCGGGCCUGGAACUGCAGAACAGCUCCGCGCUCGAGAAACCAGCCUUCUCGCCUCCCCUCCCGCGGGGACCCUCUUCUCGUCCGCACCGGCCGCGAGUCCCCACCGCCCGGCCGCAUCCCCGUCCGCGUGCUCCUCUGCAGAGGGAGGCGCGGCCACAGAAUCGGGAGGAAGAGCCCCGUCGGAAGCCCGCGGCCGUGAAAAAAGUCCCGGCCAUGGCGGGGCCGCCGGGGGCGGGGAGCGCCGCCGGGGAGCUCCAACUGACGAAUACCGGCUCGAGGGACGGCACGGAGCCCGUCUACUACGACUACUACAGCGGGGAAGUCAUGCCCGUGUCGGGCCAGGCCGGGCGGCGUCUGGCCCCGGCAGUCAUCUCCGCCCUCUGCUUGCUGGCCCUGGUCCUCGGGGAUGGCGCAUCCAGGCGCUAG